AAAACUUCUCCAACCAUAAUCUUCGCAAAAAUGCGAGCAAAUAAAGACGGGGACCGGUCACAUAUAAACCGCCAUACUAUAUUACAUAUAGACAUUUCCAUAAAUAUAACGGUAAACGCACACAAGACCGAGAGAUCGUUAUUCACACUUUUAUUUUGGUCGUGAUCUAUGACUGAUAACAUGGAAUUACUUGGCCAACCCAAAAACCUCCUGAACCACAGGAAGUGGGAUAUUACAUGAAUCCAGACAACUUUCCAUUCUUCCGUUUUUUUUCUUUCAUUGAUCUGACUUAGGUUUUUGGCCACAGUACUUAAUUAGUUUUUGUUUGAAUAAGAUGCACAGAAACGGCUCUGAGGUUACGAGGGCUACGGGUGUUAAAGUUGGUUAUGUUACGGCACUGAUCAAUCUAUUUCUCGUUGCGGUCGGGUCAAUGGGAACAGUACUGGCAGUUCGAUAGAAAUAUAUAUAGUUGAAGGACGGUUACGUUAUGGCCGAUCGAACAACCUAUCCCUUUGGUUUCUCCUCUUCCAUCUUUCUACAAUAUUAUCCGUUUUACACUAUUCAGUCCAUUUCCAUUAUGAGGGUUUCCUUCAGAACUCAAAAUACUUUGACGAGAGAGAGAGAGAGAGAGAGAGAGAGAGAGAGAGAGAGAGAGAGGCCAAAAAGAGGCAGAGUUCAGAGAACCGGCAUCACGAGGCGACACGUGUCAUUGCUUAAAUAUGAACUGUAUGGAUGGAUUGUUUGCAGAAUGGGUACGUGAAAAACAACGAAACAAUAAAUAAAUGGGGUGUGGUCUGUGGAUAUGGUCGGUCAACAAUGUCAUGCAACUAACGCCAUUUUGCUCUUUUUCAUUUGGACUCGCAAAAUAUGGGUCUUAAUUUCGUAUCUCUAAGACACCUCCAAAAUUUCCACGCAUCACGCCCCUAAGUCCUAGAGCAGAACAAUGUUAUACACAAGUGACCCUUAUAAAAAAAAAUGUUAUACACAAGUGAUUUCUGGCAUAGUUAGUAAAUACUCAAUUUAAUAUAUGUAUAUGUACUCGUACGUACUUUAUCCGUUUCAAACUUCUGUAUCCGUAUUAUUGUCAGUCGUUCCAUUUUAUUCCGUUCAUUCGAUGUUACCCGUACUAAACACGAGCGCGGCCAACCCCCUUUGUAUUGCAGGUGACUUCAACCUUGUUAGAGGCCACGAGGAUUACAGGGGUGGGAGGCGGUGCACGAUGUUGAUGGAAAAAUUCAACGAUGUGAUCGAUAAUAACCAGCUUUUAGAACUACCUCUCGGAGGCUGUAACUUUACGUGGGGAAGAGGGGACGGUUCGGGGUCCCUCUCGCGUAUUGACAGAGUUUUUAUUAAUGCGACUUUUGAUGCUUUGUAUCCUGAUUGCACUUUGACGGCUAUGGAAAGGGUUGAAUCGGAUCAUAAUCCCUUGUUGAUCAAAUGGGGUGCUACGCUUAGGGUCCGAAGGCCAUGGAGGUUUCUGAACAUGUGGCUGGAGGACCCGAGAUUCUUUGAGGGUCUCGAAAUGUGGAUGAGGAGCACGGUGAGUGGGCACGGUAAAGCUUUCCUGUGGGUUAAGAGGCUUCAGAAUCUGAAACAGACCAUCAGAAUAUGGAAUAAAGAGGUUUUUGGCAAUAUCAAUUCGAAGAUCGAGGAGUCUCUUGGUCUUAUCAAGGGGCUGGACAUGGUGGAGGAAUCUCGUUCACUUACAGAUGCGGAACAAGCAGACAGGCAGGAUUUGAGAGCUGUUUUGAGCAGGCUCUUUUUCCUCCAAGAGAUUCAUUGGAGACAGUUGUCUAAAGAAUUGUGGCUGAAGGGAGGAGAUAACAAUACUAGCUUCUUCCACAGGGUUGCUAAUUAUAAAAGAAAGCUCAAUUUGAUCGAUUGCAUCAACAUCAAUGGAGUUAGGCAUGAAGGGAGGGAGCUUCUCGGCAGAGGCAUAGUGGGGUAUUACCAGAAUUUGUUCAAGGAUACUGUUUCGAGGCGUCCUUUUCCGAGGUCGCACACCGAUAGGAGAAUUGAUGCCGCUGAUAUUGCGGCCUUGACCUGUGCUUUUUCGGAAAAGGAGGUUUGGGUCAGCUUGGCGGACUGCGACGGGGGGAAAGCCCCCGGGCCGGACGGGUUUUCCUGGGAGUUCUACAAAAAGGCUUGGUCUCUCAUCCGGGAGGAGUUCUUGAACGCCAUUGCUGAAUUUUUCAAUACUGGUGUUCUGCCGGAGUGUGCUACACACUCAUUUCUUUGUCUCCUGCCGAAGCGUGAUGCCGUGGAGGACAUCAAGGAUCUCCGCCCUAUUAGCCUGAUGAGCAGCUUGAAUAAAAUUAUUAGCAAGGUGCUGGCCCGUCGUCUCAGCAAUGUUCUUCCCAAGAUUGUGUCUCAGAACCAGCAUGCUUCGGUUAGAGGAAGGCAGAUCUCUGAGGCUGGUCUUAUUGCUUUCGAACUGCUGGACAGCCGCAGGAAGAGUCGCAAGCCGGGACUUAUGUUUAAGCUGGAUAUCGAAAAGGCAUUUGACAACGUGAGCUGGGACUGCUUGUUUAAGACUAUGUCAUCUAUCGGUUUCCCGGCACAGUGGAAUAAAUGGAUCAAAGGUACUAUGUGUUCCCCGGUCAUAUCCACCUUGAUCAACGGCGAGUCGAAGGGGUACUUCAAGCCGCAGAAGGGGUUGCGUCAGGGUGAUUCGCUCUCUCCCGGUUUGUUCACUCUCAUUAUGGACAUUCUUUCCUUCAUGUUGAACAAAUUGCAGGAGGAGGGGAAGAUUAGAGGCUUUUGUAUGGACGAAGUAAAUGGCAAUGGUGAGGUUACACAUCUUCUGUUCGCCGAUGACACUUUGAUCUUCUGCGACGCUGCUUAUGAUCAAGUUCUGAAUAUUCUCGCUACUUUGGUGUGUUUCCAAAGUGUUACGGGACUGAGGAUUAACCUUGAGAAGUCGGUCAUGAUUACUGUUGGGGAUGUAGCGAUUCCGGAAUUCUUUGCUGCUACUUUUGGGUGUAAUUGGAGCAACGAGCCCUCGAAAUACCUUGGCUUCCCUCUCGGCGCCAAGGUCAAUGCUAUCUCCACUUGGGAUCCUAUUAUCAAUAAGUUUGAGCAGAGGCUUGACGGAUGGAAGAGUAGAUUUCUGUCUUUCGGUGGCCGUUUGGUGUUGAACAAAAGUACUCUUUCCGGGCAGCCGAUUUAUUUCUUCUCCUUACUUCGGGCUCCUAUCGGUGUGCUGAACAGGUUUGAGGCAAUCCAAAGAAGAUUUUUGUGGAGCGGUGCCGGGGAUAAUCACAAGACCCCGCUCAUUAAGUGGGAGAUUUGCAAAGCAAGUAUUGAGAAUGGGGGCUUGGGUAUUAGAGAUAUGGCCUGCUUUAACAAAGCUAUGCUGUCUAAAUGGCUUUGGAAGUACGCUACGGAGAGAGAGAGCUGGUGGAGACAACUCAUAGAGUUCAAAUACAAGGCUAGCAAUUCCCAGUGGCAGAGCAAACAGUGCAGGAAUGGGUUUGGAAGUUCGGUGUGGGCCAACAUCUCUAAGGAAUACGGUGAAUUCUGGAAAGUGGCAGUUAUUGACCCGGGUGGCGGGGCGGGUGUUUCCUUUUGGAACGACUGCUGGUUACCUCAGACGACUCUUGCGCAUUCCUUCCCGAGAGUUGCCGCUGCCGCUGCGAAUCCCGAGGCUUUGCUGCCUGAUGUCAUAAGCCGAUCAGGUGAGGGUCCUAAUUGGAAUAUUGAGUGGAAUAUCGAUUUUUCUUUAGUCUUGAGGGGAGGGGCUGAGAGGGAGAGAGAGAGUUUCUUCACUCUUUUGAAUUCUAUUGAUAAGCACAGGAUCGUUUGCGGCCCCAGCAGAUUGGCGUGGUGUUCUAAUCCCGAUUCGAGCUUUUCAGUGCGCUCCAUGUACAGGUUAUUGACGGAUGGGCGAUUCCAUGGGGUGCCCAACUUCCCUAGUGAAUCCGUGUGGAGAAAGAGCAUUCCUUCGAAAAUCAAUGCGUUCAUGUGGAUGGUCGCGCACAAGAGGAUAUUGACGAUGGACAAAAUUCAACAGAGGGGCUGCUCCAUUGCUAACAGAUGUUGUAUGUGUUGUAGGGAUGAAGAAUCGGUUGAUCAUUUGUUUACUCGGUGCGAGUUCGGGUUGGAGAUCUGGACUGAAGUAAGAAGAAUGUGUGGUGAUUCCUUCGCCCCACAAGAGCAGAUCCUAGACACCAUCAAGUGUUGGAAGAGUGACGUUCCGGACACUACGACGGACUGGAUCGGCUUCUGCAUUCUCCACGCCGUGUGCUGGCAAAUUUGGCUCGAGAGGAAUAGGCGUGUUUUCCAGGAUGCUAGCAGAAGCGCCAAGGAGGUCUUUUGGAUUGCUAUCAGAUCCACGGCGGAUUGGCUAGUCGCGAAAGGCAAGAUCAGCAGGAUUCAGGUGAUGGAGUGGCUCCGCCCCUUGAGGCUGAACUGACACAGGGGCAUUUUUCGGUGGGGUUGUUGCCGUGGGUUCGUUCGCUGGCUGUUGUCGUGUUUGUCGGCUGCCUUUCAGGUGCUGGGCUAGUUGGAAUCCUCUGGUAUCCUUGUUCGGGUUCGGGUUGCUGGUGGCGGCCGGGUUGUUGACCGCGCCUCGCCCCUGUCUUCUUCUUCUCUCUGUCUGUUUUCCUCUGCUCUUCUCAGUGAUGGUUGUGGUCGGAUGGGGCUUUGAUUCCCGUUAGUUUGACAGUUUGGUCUUGGUCUUGGUCCUUGUUUCGUGAGGGACUUUGCUCUCUGUGCGUGGCUGUCCUUUUCAGGCUGUCGGGUGUUUCUUUUUUUUUUUUUUUUUUUUUUUUUUUUUUUUUUUUUUUCGUUUUCUUUUCUUUUCCGUGGGUGCUGCACCUCUGGUGCCGCUUUUUUCUUUCUGUAUCUCGGACUGGUUCCGUUUUGGUUCUAUUUUAAUGCAAUUCUCACCCUUAUCAAAAAAAAAAAAAAAAAAACACGUAUAAAACCCGUAUAACACGUUUAAUAUCCGUAUUUAAUGACUUAAAUUAUUAACUUUACUAUUAUUUAUAUAUUUUUAUUAUUUAUAUAUUUUUAUUAUUUUAAAAUAAUUAAUAUUAUAUAUUUAUGACUAUUAACGUAUUAUUAAACGUACAUUAGAUUAGAGAUGAAGUAAAAUACUCGUACUUAUUUUAUACAUAACAUUCUCGUACCGUAUUUUACUAACUAUGUUCCCUGCGUCAUUGGUCAACUUAUCAAACAUCAUUCAUGGCAGUGUGGCCACUCCAAAGGAAUUAUCUAAUUCCGUUUGAGUUUGAGUCUCUCUUCCUACGUUGGUUCUCAAUAAUUUGAAUUGUCUGAAUAAGUUUAAACGAUGAAUAAGUUUCUUAUAAUGAG